AAUAUUAUACAAGAUUAUUUUAGGCGUAAACAUAAACUUAUUCACCACAUUCGAAAUUUGGUUGCCGCCUGUUCUUCUGUUCGGAGCCGUCGCCGCACUUUUCCCCCUUCCUUUUGAACAGUUAGUCGUGAGUGGACUCGGGUCGGGUUGGACAACUCGCUACCUUCCUCUAAUAAUACUCCACAGUCUACUGUGUUUCUUCUUCUUCUUCUGGUUCCACAGACAGCUAGAGAGAGAAAGCGAUUAUGGUAGAAAGGGAGAGAUUUUAUUUGAAUUCAGCUUCUAAAUUAUUAUUAUUAAUUUUUUUUAUUUCUUUUCUAGUUUUCUGCGCUUGCAUUAUAUUUUCUUGCCGUUGCUGUGUUGACUGUUGACCACCGGAACUGUGGAAACGAAUACGACAACGUAUUUUCCACGUCAUCGAUCCUAGCCUCAUUUCUCUUCCGGUCAUCCUUGGUUUGGACGGGCCGAUUUCCAUCUCCGCUAAAUCAACACAGCAGGGGGCAAAUAAGAAUUACGGAAAGACGGAUAUACCCUUAUCACCCUCUCAUUCACGCCCACGCCUUUACCACCUACCCAACGCUUCUUCUCUUUUUAGUUUUUUUUCCCUUAACCCUAAUUUUAUUUUCCCCCAUAAAUUAUAAUUUUUCUUCUUUUGUGUAUUGGGGAAAAAGAAAUUAAAAUCUUUCCUUCCUAUCUCUCUCUCCCACCCUUCAAUUCUUAUCUUCUCCUUUCUCUCUCUAGAAAGAAAACCAACCCAUGGAUCCGCAUCCGCUCCACAACCCUCUCCAGCAGUGGGUCCAACCUCCUCCGACCGCCGGCGCCACCGCAACCUACUCCACCGUCACCUUCUCGGACGCCGCCGGUCUGCAGCCGCACAACUAUGUUUCCCAGCAGUCUUUCCCCAACUUCCCCCCACAAGCUGGACCAACACCAGUCCUUUUUGCUCCUUCCGCUGCUUCAGCUCCGACUCCGACCUCCACCCCCUCCACUGUGCAAGGUCCGGCUGGAUUUCAGCCCAGCCGCCACCCUAACUAUGCCGAGAUGAUUUACGCGGCGCUUACUGCGUUGAAAGAACGCGAUGGUUCUAGCAAGAGGGCGAUAACGAAGUUUCUCGAACAUGCUUACCCUGGGCAACUUCCACCGAACCACGCGGACCUGCUGGCUGACUGCUUGAAGGAAUUGAAAAGCAAAGGGAUGGUCGAAAUGGUGAAAAAAUCUUACAAGCUGCGCGGAUCUGGUUCCACCACCAACAUCAACGACCUCCCAGACCUUUCUCUCGAAUCUUCCGUUCAACCGCCGCCGCCGACGCAGCAGUCAGCUGAAGGGCCGCUUUCUCCUUCUGUUGGGCCUAAAAGAGGCCGUGGCAGGCCUCCUAAGGCGAAGCCCACAACUACCCCACCGCUAUCUGCUGAAACCGUUCUACCCAAUGGCCAGCCUGAACAACAUGUUUCUCAGCCGGUGGUUGAUUCUCUGCCUCCAGGGUUUUCUGCCAACGGCCAGCCGACGACGGGGCAUUACUCUUCCUCUGUGGAUGGUAAUGUUAAUAUGGAGGAGCAAGUUCAGGGGGCGACUCAACCUGUCACGGUUCCCAUUGGGGUGACGGAGGAGGAUGGUACUGCUACUGUGAAGAGAGGGCGGGGACGUCCUCCUAAGAACCCUCUGGGGGUUGAUGCUAGUGGGCUUGUGAUUGGGAAGAGGGGGAGAGGGAGGCCGCCGAAGAGCGCAUUGGGACUCAGUGCAAAGAAGAGAAGUCCAGGGAGGCCCAGGAAGCCGAAACCCAAGACCGUGGCAGCUGUGUCUGGAGCUAAUGGGUAUAAGAGGCGCCCUGGCCGCCCUCCUAAGAACCAGGCCAAUUCUGUUGCGGUUCCUUAUGCUAACCUUGAAGCAAUGCCGUUAGCUAGUGUGCCGAGGCCAAGGGGCCGACCGAGGAAGGGUACAGGCUCGAUUGCUGCCGGUGUUGGUGUGGGAGUGCUUCUUGAGAAGCUUGCUGGACCAAACGAUGGCAUCUCGGAGCCCAGAAGGAGUGGGAGGCCAGUUGGUCGCCCAAGGAAGUAUGCGGAUGAAUCAGGAGCUGAAUCUGAUGCACAAGGGGAAGAAGACUACAGGAGGAAACUCGUGUUCUUCCAAUCACAGGUGAAGAGAGUCGUUGACGUGCUGAGGCCAAUGCUGAGUGGCGAAGCUCCCAAAAGAGUGGUCGAUGCCGUCGAAGAUCUGGAGGGACUUGCGAGCAUCGACAUCGAUCAGGAACUGAAGGAGGAGCUCUCGAAGUUUAACCUGCAUCUUCGUGAUGUGGAGGCCGAGGUUGGCGAGGUUUAGGAAAGAUGAGCAAAUGUAUUCUUUUGCAAUCUGAAAAAGGAAUGAAUGUGAUUAUCAUCAGUGAGUAGUCGAUCCAUCCGCAGAGGCUUUGUAAGGAGUUUCUAACCCCUCCCCAGGACAGGAACCAGAAAGUACAUCAUGUAGGGCUGUAGAUUUUAAGAGAGCGAGAGUUUAGGGUUGGUUAAGAACUAAUUGUUAUUUUCCCCUGUGCAAAAGUAUCAGAACAUUUGUAGUUUUUCUUCUCUUUUUUAAUUGAAGCUGGACAAUGUGGGGUUGAUUCUAUGGGAUGCGGAUGACUGUAAUCAGUGUAUCAGUGUAUGUUUACCCUCUUCUCCUGUGUACUGUUGUUUGCAUUCUUACUAUGUUACAUCAGGUAGUAGCAGAGGUAAUUAUUGGAAGGAACUGGUGGAUGGGCCUAAUUCCUCCUCCCGUUCCAAUGAUCGAUUGAUUGAUGUGAGCUUAGGUGCAUUAUUUGAGCCGAGCUUAAUUGUGAUGAGCAUAUAAGAGGAUCCCACAGCCAAUAAGUGUUUCAGUUCUUG